AUGAGCGGGAGCCUGCACGUCAGGCGAGCCAGUGUACUCUCGCUGGAAACGACGACUCCAAGCACAGAUGGCGGCAUCGGGCUAUCCAGGCCUGGGCAACUCAACAGCGAUGUGCUUCAGGUUCAUACGCCAGUCGUGAGCGACUAUGUAUCACCCGUAGGGCCGAUCGAUUCCGGACAGUCAUGGUCAUCGAUCUCCCAAUGGAGCAACAACGCAGCGGCUUCCAACGUGGUGAAUCUUUCGGACAUGACUGUGGAUACGACGUACGACUUCAGCCACUUGAAUGACCUGGACGAUAUCUUCGCCUUCACGAACGACUUCACGUACGACGCGGUCUGCCGUCAGCUUGGUCCUCCGUUCUACACUGCCGAUCCAGUACAAGGUCAACCACAUGGGCCACCAGCUCAUACGUCACUCAUGUACUUACGGUCGCAAGGCUGUUUCGAUCUACCACCAGUACCCACUCUGCGAACGAUGAUGGUGCAAUACUUUCGCCUGGUGCAUCCAAACUUGCCCAUCAUGUUCGAAGACGCCUUUUGGAGAUGCUUUGACAGCGAGAACGGCCAUGUAAACCAAAUCUCGCUGCUAGUGCUACGGGGUAUGCUGUUUACGGUCAGCUGCUAUCUUGAUGCCGAGAGUUUGACCACUCUUGGCUUCAGCAGCCCCCGCGAUGCGAGAAGUACCCACUAUCGUCAAGCAAAGCUGCUCUUCGACUUCGACAUCGAGUCCGACCCAGUGGCCAAUGCACAGGCAUGUCUGCUCUUAACAUACCAGUCACCGAGCCACAACAAGCUUCGCAUAAACCUCUCCUGGCUGAACCAUGCGCUGAGAUAUGCGAGAAUUGCUCGUGCAGACUCAUAUUAUCGCUUCAAGGACGAAAAUCCGCUACAAGCCAAGCUUUUGAAGCGCAUAUGGUGGUCCAUCAUCUUCCGCGACCGUAUUCUGUCACUCGGCAUGCGACGGAGCCUUCAGGUACACCUGGACUCGAAGUCGAUUUGGUUUGACGACGAUCAUGCGUUGCAGAUCAACGAUUUCGAAUCGGAACUGGGGCGAUCUGUCGUGCAUAGCAUCGAAACCCAAGUCAGGACCAUUGGGCUACAGACGGCGCUUUGUAAGCUCACCAUACGCCUGGCUACACCGUUACGACUGCUGUACCAGGACGAACUCCUCGAUGAUCGGCUGGAGACAGUAUUUGCGUCUCUUCCGGAGUCAGUCGAGGCUGUCCAAGAAUCUCUCGAAUCACUCCGGCGGUGGUAUGAGGAGACCUCGGAGAAGUACCCUUUCCCAGUCAGCCUGGAUGAUGUUCACGAGUCUUUGUGCCUCUACGUGAACAUGCUAUUCAUACUCUGCGCCUCGGCGACUUUUGCAUUGAACAUGCACCUCACCAUGAUUCACGAGAACUUGUCAGCCAGCCGAAAGAUGAUCGACGUUGGCGCGGCGAGGCAGGGCUUACAGGAUGCGAACGAUGACCUUACCAGGAGGCUUCAAGAAUUGAUACAAGUCAAGGUCAUGAAAGAUCUCCCCAUCACUGCAACACCGCUUAUUGGACCUCCACUCGUCCUCCAGGCCAUCAACCUCGCAGCAUCCCGCGUCUCCCGCACCGAGGCGACCGAAGCACGCCGCCUUGACAUCUUCACUCGUACCCUCCGCUCCCAGCAACGCAAGUUCGACGGCUCCGACUUCUACAUCGACGUUCUCAUCAACAUUGUCGCCUACGCCCAAGACGAUGAUAAUCUCACCUCAGGUAUGAACCUCUGGCGAGAGAACAGUAGCGGCAACCAGACAACACACCUGAAGAAGCUGGAUUGGGUCAAGAUGAUGGAGAAGAGACCGAGACAGUUCUUAAGGUUGAUGUUUCAUAUGGACUAUGCACUCUGCACGUGGGGAGUGCCGCAAGAGGAACACUUUCCGCCGGGCUUGAGGAGGGAAGGAGGCUGA